CACAAAGUUGAAUCGAUCGUUUUCAUUGGGCGUCGUCUUUAAAGCACCAAAUCGCCACAUGAAAAUAAAUUUUUAUGCUGCUAAAAAAAUAAAAAAACAACCUCAUUGCUCUCUGUUAUUACUGUCUGUUACCACUGUUAAUUUUUUGUUUUUUUUCUUUUAAUCAUAAUAAUAAAUUUGCAUAUAUAAAUUUGAAAAAUAUUGAUACACUCCAAAACACACAAAAAACAUCAAGUUUAAUCACCAAGAAGCCUUUGUUUAUUAACAGUGGUUAUUAUAAACUAUUAUUAUUGUUAGAAUUUAUUUAUAUAUAUUUUAUUUGUGUGUUAAAUUUAAAAUACAAAUGGAUCAUAGCUCAAGUGAUGGAUAUCGAGAAAUGGAAGAAAGAAUAUUAAUUCGUGAUACAAGUAGAAAUUUAAAAAAAUAUGGAAGUACAUCUAGGCAUAUGAUACGUAAUGAUAAUUUAAUAAAACACAUUGUUGAUAAAAAUGAUACACUAGCUGGUAUUGCACUCAAGUACAGUGUCACUACUGAACAAAUUAGAAUGACUAAUAAAUUAUUCGCAUCUGAUAGUUUAUUUUUACGUGAAUAUUUAAUGAUACCAGUACCAAAAGAAUUAAAUAAAAAAAAAAAAAAUGAUAAUUUAUUUGAUAAUAAUUUAAUUGAUAAUAAUUUAAUUGGUGCUAAUUGUUUAAAUAAAAAUAAUGAUAAUAAAAGUAAUAAUGAUGAUGAAAAUUCAAUCGAUAAUUUUUUAGCUAAAAUGGACUCAUCUAUAGCAACUGUUAAAAAUGAUAUUAAAAAAUCACAAGAACAUAGUUCAUUUUGUACUGAUGAAGAAGAUUGGUAUUUACAAAGACAUAAAUAUGGUGCUAGAAAUCGUCAUAGUAAUUCACAAUCAUCAUCAACAAAUAGUGCAACAUCAUUAACUGAACAAUAUAAAUCAUUAUCAUCAGAUAAUGUACAUGAACUUCCAUCAGCAGUUGUUAUGACAAAUGGUAAAAAAUUAAAAAGCUCACUACAAAAAUUACAACAACAUCAAGAUGAGAUAUUUCAAUUGUAGCAUAAUAUAUAUUAUUUUAAAAAUAUACUAUUAUUAUUAAUAAUAAUGUAUAAAAAAUUUAUUGAUAUAAAGUUAAUCCAAAGUGCAAAUUAUUACUCUUAU